AUGACUAUGGCCGUCGACAAUCAGCAACGAUUCAACGGUAUGAACUUCGACCACAUGCAUUACUCCCAAACCCCACAGUUCACCAAUCCGUGGAAUUCGUCGUCGGCUCCUCCCCAGUCUCAAAACCCGUACGGCACUUGCCACGCUCUCAACACGAAUGCGGGCAUGGAUAGCAUUGGGAAGCAGCAAGCCUCCCGUAUUGUUAAUAAUGUAUCAAUGGGAUCAUAUGCCGGUGUACCAAUCACCGCGGCAUCAGCAGGUAGCUCCCUCUUGACGGAUGUAUAUGGCGCUCAGGAUGUACUCACCACCACCCAAGAUCUCCUGAGUCCGGUCCGUUCAUCGGGAUUUGGAAAUGAAGUGGCAUAUACCAGCGGACCAUCACCAGUACACAGCAACUAUCCCUCCUCAGCAUCACCUUAUGAUUCUAUGGGAUAUGCACCCGCGCCGGUUCGAUCGACGUACGCCGUUCCACAUCAUGAAGACUCCAGACGUCUUUCACAACCGUCAGUACCCCCACAGGCUAUCCUCGAUGAUCCCGAGGAUGGAGAGCAGCUCCAGCGACAGAGUUCAAUUAUUGACUUCAAUGACAGAGGAAUGCAAAAUGAUUCAAUACGAAGUUUCGGCGACGCAAUAGACGCAAGCAGAGGGAUGAUUGCUAUGAGCCAGAAUGCGACGCCUCGAAACGUGUAUGGGCCAGGGAGGAACGGGAGAGGAUCAGGUGAUUCGUAUGGUUUUCCCGCGACUCACUCAUCAAGCUCGUCGAUAUCGUCAUCCGGAAAUUUCCCAUCAUACUUUGGCAGCUCUGUCGAAUCCUCCGUGAGUGACUAUUCGAACGCGGGUUCAGACAUCGAGUCAGUCUCAUCGCGAACACUUCCCCGACCGUCAGCUCUUCUCAGUGGAGGCGGCCCUCCCCCGGCGCCACAGUCAAUGAUGGGGCAAUUCAGCUCGAAGGUUUCCUCGAGCGCGCAGAAAAAGCACAAGUGUAAGGUUUGCGACAAGCGAUUUACUCGUCCCAGCUCGCUCCAGACACACAUGUAUAGCCACACUGGCGAGAAGCCAUUCUGCUGUGAAGUCGAAGGCUGCGGGCGACAUUUCUCAGUUGUUUCAAACCUACGACGGCACCGGAAGGUCCACAAGGGCGAAGCACGUUCAGAAGCAGGAUCUGAAGACCAUCAAUCCGACGAGUAG